AUGGACAUGGUGGCAUCCCCCCAGGCCGCAGGCCCGGGUCCAAAUGGUGUAAACGGGACACCAUUUGCUACGAUCGAUCCCGUUCGAGUAUUGGAGCAUCUCGCUCUGUUGCUCGAAGUUGCGCUCGGCGCAACGCGAGAGGAGCUCGAGGCUCCGGGCAGUCUGCUUUCCAAAGCCCGAUACACAGAUACACUGCAGCGAUGCGUUCGUUUUGCGGGCGACAGCAUGGUGUCGCUGUACAUCCAGAAAGACCUAGCUGCCUCGCCGCAAAUAGAGAAUGGCGACGCUGAUUCUCUCCCCUCGCACACGUACACGAUAACUGUCGACAUAAAUUCCACGCCGACGACCGUCGCAUUCCUCGUGCUUCUCAAACGCCCGCAGCCGCUAGACCCCAAUGUUCCCUUGACUUCCCAGAUGCAGUUCCUCAACCUGCCGGGUCCCGCAUAUCUCGCAGCUACUGCUGGCGAACAAGGUCCUUCCGCCACACCUUACGAAUAUCUGCAGCUGUUUCUUCAUAAUGGCUUGGCCCCGUACUUCGAUGCGAGCACCAAAAGCCAGCAUAUGGUGAACGGGUCGCGAGGACGGGCGGACGUGGAUGCGAAGACGGGCAUUCCCGUAACCAAGAAGAGGUGGACGGAGCUUGAGCUAAGUCUAUCUCACUUGCAACAGAACGUCGAGAUACCCGAAGUAUCAUUGCCCUUCCACCCAGUGGUUCAGACUGCCCUCGAUGACGCAAUAAACCGCAACAUCAAGCCGAGCAUCGAUCUCAUCCCGCCGACCCUCCUCGCUGAUAGUAGCUUUCUCAACAACCUCCAAGCCACAGUCAACAACUGGAUCAAGUCGAUUCAGGUCAUCACGAAAAUGACGAGAGAUCCGAGCACUGGAACGGCGAACCAAGAGAUCAAUUUCUGGUUGUCGAUGGAGUCUGCACUGGAGGGCAUCGAGGCACAGCUACGAAGCGACGGCGUUCUCCUCACGUUAGAGAUUUUGAAGCAUGCGAAGCGAUUCCAGGCGACUGUCAGUUUCACUGCCGACACUGGUCUAAAAGAGGCCAUGGAGAAGGUUCAAAAAUACAACCAGCUCAUGCGAGAUUUCCCCUUGGAUGAACUGCUUUCUGCCACUUCGCUGCCCAAGGUGCAGGAUACUAUUGGGCAAAUAUUUAGCCAUUUGAACAAGAAGCUCAGAAUAUGUCCUUAUCCAAUUAGGCGAGCUUUGCCUCUUGUGGAGGCCAUAUCAGCAGACUUGGAUGAAGUGAUGCACCGUUUGCUUCCUGGCACAGAACUAGUGGAUCUGGACUACCAAGAGUUCCGAAGCAUUAUGAACACGACAACCGACAUCUUCAAGACAUGGGAUGAGAACGUCAAGGAGUUCACGAACGUGGCUCGUGAAGUCACUCGGAGAAGGAACGAGAAGUUUAUCCCUAUCAAGAUCAACUCCAAGCAUGCCGAGUUGCAAGCACGUCUGAAAUAUGUGGGCAACUUUCGCGACAAUCACGAGCAGCUUCAGCGCACAAUUGUCAACGUUCUCGGCCCCAAGGCCACUGUUAACGGCACGGUCGAGACCCCUGCUACCAAUGGCGCGAUCGUCGUUGAGGAGAUUGGAGAUGUUGAUGCUGUCGAGGAGGUCAAACAAGCUUGGGAGGCCUUGCGAAAUGUCGACCUUCUUGAUGUGUCUCCUGAAGGCACCCAGAAAUGGGUGAAGGCUGAGAACACUUACAAUGAGAGAACGUCUCGUGUGGAGAAUUCUAUCAUUGCCCGUCUCAGGGACCGUUUGGCCACCGCUAAGAAUGCAAACGAGAUGUUUCGUGUCUUCUCCAAGUUCAACGCUCUAUUCGUUCGGCCCAAGAUCAGGGGAGCAAUUGCAGAAUACCAAACCCAGCUGAUUGACAACGUCAAGCAGGCAAUCAAUGCUCUUCACGGGCGUUUCAAACAGCAGUAUGGCCACUCCGAGGCACAUGCAAUGGCACAGCUCCAUGAUCUGCCACCCGUGUCUGGCGCCAUCAUUUGGGCACGUCAAAUUGAGCGUCAGCUGGACGGGUACAUGAAGAAGGUCGAGGACGUUCUCGGUGCUGACUGGGCUCUUCAUGCCGAAGGACAGAAGCUGCAGAGCGAGGGCAAUCUGUUCCGGAAGAAGUUGGAUACAAGACCUAUCUUCGAGGCUUGGCUCCACGAUGUCCAGCGGCGAAAUGUCUCAAUCACCGGGUUGAUCUUCACCAUCAACAAGAUUCGUUCUGCAGGCAAUGCCUUGGAGCUUUCUAUCAAUUUUGAUGGGCAAGCAAUUGCACUGUUCAAGGAGACUCGUAACCUUUUGUGGCUCAACUACGCUGUUCCCCAUUCCAUCAACAGCGUUGCAAAGGAAGCCAAGAGGGUUUAUCCUUACGCCGUCAGCCUCAUGGAGAGUGUCCGAACGUUUGCUCAAACGAACCGCCAGAUCUCCGAGAUGUCAGAAGUCUCUGUUCUUCUCAGUGGACAUCGAAAUGAUGUACAUUCACUGAUUGCGAAAGGCGUGCCGCUGAAAUGGGAAUCUUUCGUCAGCACAUACGAACUCCAUUUCAGGCCUGGUAUGGAUGGCCAGAGCCGUCCGAAGCAGAGUAUUGAAAGCAAGCAUGUCUCGUUCGUCAAGGAGUUUGCGGCUGCCGUGUCAGUCCUUCAAUCAAAGACAAUCACACUGGCUUCUAUACACACUUCCAUACAGAAGGCAUUGAUUGAGCUAAGUACUUGUCCCUAUGAGGUAUCAGCUUUCGAGUCGCGCCUUGAGACAAUCCAAACUGCUGUUGAUCAACUCAACCUCGAGCAGUACGUCAACUUAGGCUUCUGGGUUGAGGGGAUGAACCAGCAGAUCAAAUCGAUUCUGCUCACUCGUCUGCAACGCGCCGUCCAGUCCUGGAUUGAAGCGUUCGAGAAUGAUACUCCUGAUCGAUCCAAUGAUGAUACUCGACGCAAGACUACCAAUGAGAUCUCUGCAGAAACGAAGCCUGAUACGCCAUCAAUGAAGCGUCUCGUUCAUGAGAUUACCAUGCGUAACCAGGUCAUUUAUCUUGAUCCUCCCCUAGAAUUUGCUCGGGCAAGUUGGUAUUUGCAACUACAAGAAUGGCUCGGUAUCAUCUGCAACCUCAAGAAAGUCAAGGCCACUCGCUACCAGAUGAGUCUCAGCACUGCUGUGCACGAGGAGGCUCGUUUCAAUGACCUCCCAGCAGAGUGCACUAGCAUGCUGUCGCGUGUGCAUGGCUCGAUCGAGAAGAAGCUUCAAGAAAUCGGCGGUUACGUAGACAAGUGGCUGCAGUUCCAGUCCCUAUGGGAUUUGCAGUCCGAACAGGUGUACGAGAUCUUAGGUGACCAGCUCUCAAGAUGGCUGCAGCUGCUUCAGGAGAUUCGCAAGACACGCCAGACAUUCGAUACUACUGAAGUCAGCCGCUCCUUCGGUCAUAUCACCAUUGAUUAUGACCAAGUCCAAACGAAAGUCAACGCGAAGUAUGACCAAUGGCAGCAUGAUAUUCUCCUAAAGUUUGCCAAUCGUCUCGGCAACCGCAUGCGAGACAUCCACGCCGAGAUUGAGAAGGCGCGUCGUGACCUGGAAGGUCACAGCCUAGAAGCUUCAUCUACUGCUCAGGCGGUUCAAUUCAUUACAAUUGUCCAGAGCUGCAAGCGCCAGGUCAAGACUUGGGCGCCAGAAGUCGAGACUUUCAGACAGGGUGAAUCGACUCUCGUAAGGCAACGAUAUCAGUUCCCCAAUGACUGGCUGCAUGCAGAGCAGGUCGACGGCCAGUGGGACGCACUGAACGAACUUCUGGCACGGAAGUCCAAGAUUGUACAGGACCAGACCGAUGCCCUGCGUGCGAAGAUCACUGCCGAGGACAAGGUGGUGGUUGACAAAAUCACUGAAAUUGCCGCCCAGUGGAAUGAGGAGAAGCCAGUAUCUGGCACAAUCCCGCCUGAACAAGCAACAGCAACACUCCAGUCUUUCGAGUCGAGGAUCACCAAACUACAAGAGGAAUCUGUCAUGGUUGCCAAAGCUAAGGAGGCCCUCGAUCUGCCUGCCACCGCAGAUUCGUCCCUUGCUAUCAUCCUUGAAGAAGUCCAUGACUUCAAGUCAGUCUGGGCUUCGCUAUCCCUGAUCUGGAACAGCUUAAAUGAGCUGCGAGAAAUGCUCUGGAACAGUGUUCAGCCUCGAAAGAUUCGGUCAUCGAUUGAUGGAUUGAUCAAGAUGACCAAGGACAUGCCCAGCAGAAUGCGGCAAUAUGCUGCCUUUGAGCACAUCCAAACUAUCCUGCGCCAGUACCUCAAAGUCAAUCCUUUACUCAGUGACCUCAAGUCCGAAGCCGUCCGGGAUCGACAUUGGACCAAGAUCUACAAAGAAAUCAAGCCCGGCAAGCGGUACUCGCCUGUCUCCAUGACUUUGGGAGAUGUUUGGGACCUUAAUCUAGUAGCCACAGAGGCCAUCAUCAAGGACAUCAUCGCACAGGCCCAGGGUGAAAUGGCCCUCGAAGAAUUCCUGAAGCAAGUCCGCGAAACCUGGACUGGCUACAAUCUGGAAUUGGUCAACUACCAGAAUAAGUGCCGUCUGAUCCGCGGCUGGGAUGAUCUCUUCGCCAAGUGCAGUGAGAACCUCAACUCACUGCAGGCCAUGAGACACUCCCCUUACUACAAGGAGUUCGAGGAGGAGGCUUCAUCUUGGGAGGACAAACUCAACAGAGUCCAUGUUCUUUUCGAUGUUUGGAUUGAUGUACAAAGACAAUGGGUUUACCUUGAGGGUGUGUUUACGGGCAAUGCCGAUAUCAAGCACCUUCUUCCCAUUGAAUCUUCCCGAUUCCAGAACAUCAACAGCGAGUUCUCCGCUGUCAUGAAGAAAGUCUAUAAGCAGCCUUACGUCUUGGACGUGCUAAAUAUACCGAACGUGCAGAAGUCUCUCGAGCGCCUGGCAGAGCUCCUGAACAAGAUCCAAAAGGCCCUUGGAGAGUACCUCGAGAAGGAGCGUGUUUCCUUCCCUCGUUUCUACUUUGUUGGAGACGAGGAUCUCCUCGAGAUGAUUGGUAAUAGCAACGACACCAUGCGCAUUGCCAAGCACUUCAAGAAGAUGUUCGCUGGUCUCUGUGGACUCACAAUGGAAGAUGAAGGUAUCAUCACUGGCUUCACGUCCAAGGAAGGAGAGGUCGUCAAAUUGAAGAAGGAGAUCUCUCUUAUUAAGACCCCGAGAAUCAAUGACUGGCUUGCGCUUCUGGAAAACGGAAUGAAAGCCACGUUGGCAGAGUUGCUCGCCGAAGCAGUUGAGCAGUACACUCCCAUCUUCUCCAACGAGAAGAUCGACCAAAAUGCUCUGAACGAGUUCAUGGCGGCGUAUCCUAGUCAAAUUGUGGUCCUUGCAACUCAAGUCGUCUGGACUACUGCUGUAGAUCAGAGUCUAGUUGAUGGGGGGAAGACUCUCCAGUCUCUUUUCGAUCGCGAGGUUCAGGUCCUUCGACUACUUGCCGACACCGUGCUGGGUGACCUCGAGGUCCUACUGCGCAAGACAUGCGAGCAGCUUAUUACAGAAUGCGUGCACCAGCGAGAUGUCAUCGAGAGGCUCGUUAAGCUCAACGCCACCACUCCUACCCACUACAUGUGGCUAUUGCAGAUGCGCUAUGUCUACACCCCAGAGGGAGAUUUCCUGCAACGUCUACACAUCAAGAUGGCAAACGCCAAGCUUAACUAUGGCUUUGAGUAUCUCGGAGUACCUGACAGACUUGUCCGGACCCCUCUCACAGAUCGAUGCUUCCUUACACUUACUCAAGCCCUCUGCCAACGGCUUGGAGGUUCCCCGUACGGUCCCGCCGGAACAGGUAAGACGGAGUCUGUCAAGGCUCUUGGAGUGCAGCUCGGUAGAUUUACUCUUGUCUUCUGCUGUGACGAUACCUUUGACUUCCAAGCCAUGGGCCGUAUCUUCCUUGGUAUUUGCCAGGUCGGUGCUUGGGGCUGUUUCGACGAAUUCAAUCGUCUGGAGGAGCGUAUUCUGUCGGCUGUGUCUCAGCAGAUUCAGAACAUCCAGCUUGGAUUGAAGCAAGGCGCUGAGGACGACAAGUCGCAGAUUGAGUUGGUCGGUCGUCAGCUCCGAGUCAAUGAGAACACUGGCAUCUUCAUUACCAUGAACCCUGGCUAUGCUGGUCGUUCCAACCUCCCAGACAACUUGAAGAAGCUGUUCCGCAGUGUUGCCAUGUCCAAGCCGGACAAGGAGCUCAUUGCCGAAGUUAUGCUAUACUCGCAAGGUUUCAACCAAGCGAAACAACUAUCCAAACAGACUGUGCCCUUCUUCGAUCAAUGCUCAGCAAAACUGUCCAAACAAGCUCAUUACGAUUUUGGACUACGUGCGCUGAAGAGUGUGCUCGUGAGUUCCGGUGGUCUGAAACGUGCCCGCCUUACAAGCAGUGAUGGUGUCAUCGGUGCAGAAGAAGUUGUGGAGCCUGAAAUUAUUGUGCAGAGUGUCCGAGAGACAAUUGCUCCUAAGCUCAUCAAGUCAGAUGUCGAUAUCAUGAUGGACAUUGAGCAAGUGUGCUUCCCCGGGGUCCAGUAUGUUCCAGCCAACCUCCAGGAUCUCGAGGAUGCAAUUCGUCGACUCGCAGAUGAAAGACAGCUAGUCGUCAAUGACUUGUGGAUGACCAAGGUCCUUCAGCUCUACCAAAUCCAGAAGAUACAUCAUGGUGUAAUGAUGGUCGGUAACUCUGGGUCUGGAAAGUCCGCCGCUUGGAGGCUCUUGCUUGAUGCCUUACAGCAAGUCGAAGGCGUUGAAGGAGUUUCUCAUGUCAUCGACUCUAAGGUCAUGUCCAAGGAAUCUCUGUAUGGUAACCUUGACUCUACCACUCGAGAAUGGACAGAUGGCCUGUUCACAAGCAUUCUCCGGAAGAUCGUCGACAACCUACGUGGGGAAGAUUCCAAGCGUCACUGGAUCGUUUUCGACGGUGACGUCGAUCCUGAAUGGGUUGAAAACUUGAACAGUGUUUUGGAUGACAACAAACUCCUCACGCUACCCAACGGUGAACGUCUGAACUUGCCCGCAAACGUGCGCAUCAUGUUUGAAGUCGAGAACCUCAAAUACGCUACUCUUGCCACGGUCAGUCGGUGCGGUAUGGUCUGGUUCAGCGAAGACACUGUAUCUCCGAGCAUGAUGGUCACCAAUUAUCUUGAGACACUACGAACCGUUGCUUUCGAGGAUCUUGAUGAAGAUGCGAUCGCCACGGGCCAGAGCUCUGCAAAGGCACUAGCUGUUCAAGCACAAGUAUCAGAGCUGUUGAAGACAUAUCUGGAGACCGAUGAUUUCAUUCUGGCUGCACUCAAGGAGGCAGAAGCUUACAAUCACAUCAUGGAGUUCACCGUUGCUCGGGUACUCAAUACCUUAUUCUCACUCCUGAACAAGGCUGUCCGCGAUAUCAUCGAGUAUAACUCUCAGCAUUCUGAUUUCCCGGUAGAACCUGAGCAAGUUGAGGCCUUUGUCUCGAAGAAGCUUCUCUUGGCUCUUGUCUGGGCCUUGACUGGUGAUUGCCCAUUGACCGACCGCAAGGCCUUUGGCGACAAUGUCUGUGGUCUGGCCACAUUUGGAUCGCCGCCUCUUGAUGGCGCAAGCUCUCUGAUUGAUUUCGAUGUCACUCUUCCACGGGCAGAGUGGACUCCAUGGCAAAACCAGGUGCCAACCAUCGAGGUCAACACCCACUCGAUCACCCAAACGGAUGUUGUCAUUCCGACCCUGGAUACCGUGCGUCACGAAGACGUUCUCUACUCAUGGCUUGCUGAGCACAAGCCACUUCUUCUGUGUGGUCCACCUGGUUCAGGUAAAACCAUGACGCUCUUCAGCGCGCUACGUAAGCUGCCUAAUAUGGAGGUUGUUGGCCUGAAUUUCUCCAGCGCCACGACACCAGAUUUGCUCAUCAAGACUUUCGAGCAAUAUUGCGAGUACAAGAAGACAUUGAAUGGUGUCAUGCUUUCGCCUACCCAAAUUGGCAGAUGGCUUGUCAUCUUCUGCGAUGAGAUCAACUUGCCCGCUCCUGACAAGUACGGCACACAAAGGGCGAUCUCAUUCCUUCGCCAGCUUGUUGAACACAAUGGCUUCUGGAGGACAUCUGACAAGGCCUGGGUUACUCUUGACCGAAUUCAGUUCGUCGGAGCUUGUAAUCCGCCUACUGAUGCUGGACGUACUCCAAUGGGUCCUCGAUUCCUCAGACAUGCACCGCUGAUCAUGGUCGAUUACCCUGGUGAGCUAUCACUUCACCAGAUCUAUGGCACUUUCAAUACAGCGGUCCUUAAAAUCAUCCCGUCCCUUCGUGGAUACUCUGAACCUCUCACGCAGGCCAUGGUUAGAUUCUACCUCGAGUCUCAGCAGCGCUUCACACCCAAGAUUCAGCCUCAUUAUGUCUACAGUCCUCGUGAACUGACCAGAUGGGUCCGCGGUGUAUAUGAAGCCAUCAAGCCUCUCGAGACACUCGACCUCGAAGGUCUUAUUCGUAUCUGGGCUCACGAAGCACUGCGUCUGUUCCAAGACCGUCUUGUCGCCGAAGAUGAGAGGAAGUGGACUGAUGAUGCGGUGCGAAGAAUCGCCCUCGACUUCUUCCCGACCAUCGAUGACCAGAAAGCUCUCGGAGGACCAAUUCUGUUCUCGAACUGGCUGUCCAAGAACUAUGUUCCAGUUGACCGCGAACAGCUCCGAGACUUCGUCAAGGCUAGGCUUAAGACUUUCUGUGAAGAAGAGGUGGAUGUUCCGCUCAUCCUUUUCAACGACGUUUUGGAACAUGUUCUUCGUAUUGAUCGUGUUUUCAGACAACCACAAGGCCAUCUGAUCCUGAUUGGUGUCAGCGGAAGUGGAAAGACUACCCUAUCCCGAUUUGUGGCCUGGAUGAAUGGUCUCAAGGUCUUCCAGAUCAAAGUCCAUGGCAAAUACUCUGCUGAAGAUUUUGAUGAGGACCUACGAGAGGUCCUCCGUCGCUGCGGCUGCAAAAAUGAGAAGAUUUGCUUCAUCAUGGACGAGGCUAAUGUCCUCGAUUCCGGCUUCUUGGAGCGGAUGAAUACCCUUCUUGCCAAUGCCGAGGUCCCUGGUCUAUUUGAAGGGGAUGAGCUCGCGGCGCUUAUGACUGCUUGCAAGGAAGGCGCACAGAAACAAGGCCUCCUUCUAGACUCCCAGGAGGAACUCUAUAAGUGGUUCACUCAACAGAUUGUGAAGAAUUUGCACGUCGUCUUCACGAUGAACCCACCUGAGGAUGGCCUUUCUUCCAAGGCAGCAACCUCUCCUGCGUUGUUCAACAGAUGCGUGCUCAACUGGUUCGGUGACUGGUCUGACCAGGCACUGUUCCAAGUUGGUCACGAGCUUACAUAUUCCGUUGACCUUGACCGACCAAACUUCCAAGCUCCGGACACAAUCCCCGUUGCUUACAGGGGCCUCAGCUUACCUCCUUCUCACAGAGAGACUAUCGUCAAUUCUAUGGUCUACAUCCACUACUCUCUGCAGCGAUUCAAUACGAAGCUACUCAAACAACAAGGAAAGAUUACCUUCCUUACACCCAGACACUUCCUGGACUUCGUGGCUCAAUAUGUCAAGCUGUAUAACGAGAAGCGUGAAGAUCUUGAGGAGCAACAACGUCAUUUGAACGUUGGUCUCGAGAAGCUGAGAGACACUGUCGACAAAGUGCGCGAUCUUCGUGUCAGCCUUGCCGAGAAGAAGUCACAGCUGGAGCAGAAAGAUGCUGAAGCCAAUGAGAAGCUGCAGCGCAUGGUGGCAGACCAGCGUGAGGCUGAACAGCGCAAGAACACAUCUCUCGAGAUCCAGGUCGCACUGGAGAAGCAAGAAGCAGAGGUCGCAUCACGAAAGAAGGUCGUCCUUGAGGAUCUGGCCAAGGCUGAGCCCGCUGUUGAGGAAGCUAAAGCUAGUGUCAGCAACAUCAAGAGGCAGCACCUCACUGAAGUCCGAUCCAUGGGCUCCCCGCCUCAGGGUGUCAGACUUGCGCUUGACUCUGUCUGCACUCUGCUUGGUCACAAGGUGGCUGACUGGAGAGCCAUCCAGGCUGUUGUUCGACGAGAUGAUUUCAUUGCCAGCAUUAUCAACUUCAACAAUGAGAAGCAGAUGACUAAAGCUCUGCGGAUCAAGAUGCGCAAUGAGUUCUUGAGCAACCCUGAAUUCAGCUUUGAGAAAGUCAACCGUGCCAGUAAAGCCUGUGGUCCCCUUGUUCAGUGGGUUGAAGCACAAGUUAAUUAUGCCGAGAUUCUCGACCGUGUCGGUCCUUUGAGAGAUGAAGUCGCUCAGCUUGAGGAGCAAGCUCUCCAGACAAAGGCUGAGGCGAAGGCUGUCGAGAACACAAUUACUACGCUCGAGCAGAGUAUCGGCACCUACAAGACCGAAUACGCGGCGCUCAUCAGUGAGACACAGGCUAUCAAGGCUGAGAUGGCACGUGUGCAGUUCAAGGUUGAUCGAAGUGUCAAACUCCUCGACAGUCUUUCUUCGGAGAGGGUCCGUUGGGAGGAGGGCAGCAAGUCCUUCGAGACCCAGAUUAGCACCCUCGUUGGAGACGUUCUUGUCGCUGCUGCCUUCCUUGCAUACAGCGGACUCUAUGAUCAGACUUUCCGAAAGUCGAUGAUGGAUGACUGGCUCCACCAACUACAUUUGUCCGGUAUCAGCUACAAGCAGCACAACCCCGUCACGGAGUAUCUGUCUACUGCUGAUGAACGACUGGGAUGGCAAGAAAACACGCUGCCUGUGGACGAUCUUUGUACUGAGAAUGCUAUUGUGCUCAAGAGAUUCAACAGGUACCCCCUGAUCAUCGAUCCUUCAGGACGAGUCACCGAGUUCCUUCAAAAGGAAUCCAAGGACCGCCGGUUGACCGUCACUAGUUUCCUGGAUGACUCCUUUACCAAGCAAUUGGAGAGUUCUCUCCGCUUCGGCAAUCCAAUUCUCAUCCAGGAUGCGGAGCAUCUUGACCCUAUUCUGAACCACGUACUGAACAAGGAGUACCAGAAGACUGGUGGCCGUGUCCUUAUCCAGCUCGGCAAGCAGCAAAUCGAUUUCUCGCCGGCCUUCAAGCUCUACCUAUCUACACGAGAUCCAUCUGCCACGUUUGCACCAGACAUUUGCAGUCGUACCACAUUCGUCAACUUCACGGUGACUCAGAGCAGUCUGCAGACACAGUCUUUGAACGAUGUGUUGAAAUCCGAGCGUCCUGAUGUUGACGAGCGCCGCUCAAAUCUCAUCAAACUCCAGGGCGAAUUCAAGGUCCACCUCCGUCAACUUGAGAAGCGUCUACUUCAAGCUCUCAACGAGUCUCGUGGUAACAUCCUCGAUGAUGAUCGCGUCAUCGAGACAUUGGAAACACUGAAGACAGAAGCUGCGGAAAUUUCUACCAAGAUGAGCAAUACCGAGGGCGUCAUGGCAGAGGUCGAAGAGAUCACGCUGCAGUACAACAUCAUCGCCCGCUCAUGCAGUGCAGUCUUUGCUGUUCUUGAACAACUACACUACCUUAAUCACUUCUACCAGUUCUCCCUGCAUUAUUUCCUGGACAUAUUCCAUUCCGUUCUGCACGGCAAUCCGCACUUGGCCAAUGAGACAAACCACAAUGUCCGCCGCGACAUCAUCAUCAAGGACUUGUUCAUCACCACCUUCAAGAGAACGGCGCUUGGUCUUCUUCAAAAGGAUCGCAUCACACUUGCCAUGCUUCUCGCUCAAGCAUCCCCCUACAAGAUGGACAAGGGUGUCAUUGACGUUGUCCUCGACGAAAGAGUCGAAGGCAAAGACAUCUCCACGGACAAAGAUGCCAAGGACGAUGCAUUUACUCGUGCCAGACGUGUUCCGGCACUGAAGGAGAAGAUCGACUUAGUACCAUCCAGCGACUGGGACAAAUUCUUGUCCGAGGAGCUCGCCGAGAACUUCGUGCCAAAGGUGUGGGAUGAUAACACAGAGCCAAACGACAAGGCUCUCCUAUCUCUACUCCUUGUCAAGCUCUUCCGUCUUGAUCGCUUUGUGCCUGCGGCUGAGCGCUUCGCAACCCUCGUCUUUGGGUCAGAUCUUUUCGAUAUUGUUGAGGAUCUCAAGGAGACUGUUGCGCAAGUCUCUGCAACUAGACCCAUCGCACUCGUAUCCAGCCCUGGCUUCGACGCCAGCUACAAGGUUGACAGCCUCGUUGAGCGCAUGCGUAUUAGGUGCACAAACAUUGCCAUGGGUUCCACUGAAGGUGUCGCCAGCGCAGACAAGGCAAUCAGCAACGCCGCUCAGAUGGGCUCGUGGGUGCUUGUCAAGAAUGUCCAUCUUGCGCCAACUUGGCUCCAGAGUCUCGAGAAGCGUAUGGAUUCUCUCAAUCCCAAUCCAGAAUUCAGGCUUUUCCUAUCCAUGGAGUCAAGCCCGAAGAUUCCAGUCAACCUACUUCGCGCUUCUCGGGUAUUGAUGUACGAGCAGCCCGCUGGUGUGAGGGCGAACAUGAAGGAUUCUAUGUCGUCUCUUUCGACCAGGCCUGCCAAGACACCUGUCGAGCGGACGAGACUGUACCUGCUGCUUUCCUUCUUGCACGCUGUGGUCCAGGAGAGAUUGCGAUAUGCUCCGAACCUUGGUUGGAAGGGUUUCUGGGAGUUCAAUGACAGUGAUUAUGAAUGCUCAGCUUUCAUCAUUGACACCUGGGUUGAGACGGUUGCUCAGAACCGCACAAACAUCGCCCCGCAGAAUAUCCCAUGGGACAUGAUCCGCUACCUGGUCGUCGAGACAUACGGAGGCAAGAUCGACGACGAGGGCGAUUACAAACGCCUCACGCAGCUGGUGCAUUCAUUCCUGACACCUGCCGCCUAUGACAUUGGCCACAAGUUGGUCGAAGGCGGCGACGGCCAGGAGGGCAGCCUCGUCGUGCCGUCUGGCACCACCCUGCAAGAAUUCAACAGCUGGAUUCAGAAGCUGCCCGAGCGCGAGCCGCCUACUUACCUGGGCUUGCCUGCGAACGCAGAGAAGCUGCUGCUUGUGGGACUGGGACAGAGCUUGAUCCAGAACCUAAAGAAGGUCACGGAUUUGUUGGAUGAAGGAGAGCAGCUGAUGGCUGAGGCUGCUUAG